UGUUAGUUAUAGUGUGUUUUUAAAUUUAUAUCUUCAAUCAACAACGUUCAUCGACUUCUAUUAUAUUAAUAAUUAAAAUAUUAAAAGUGUUCACGUGAAAACCCUGGCGAUUUAAUUGGAUUGUAGCUUUUUCAAGGUACUCUAAAUCUAUAAGUUGAUAAGUAUGCUCAUUAGGAAGUUGUUCUUUGCGGUCAUUCUUUGUUCAUUUUAUUUCGACGAAUUAUUUUAUAUCGUAAUUUUAUCUUGUACAAAUAUACCAACAAGCUGAUAAAAUAAUUAAAAUAAAAAAACAAUGAAUAAGGAAACAGAUUUCUAUGUUGUGGAAAUGGCUCAAAAUAAUAAUAACGAUACAACACUCAUAUAUGACGACCGUAGAGCAUCAGUCCCAUUUAAUGCUAAAGCAUUAAAAGAUCUCAAUCGCAUUCAAAUUGAAGAAAUUAAUGGGCUAAGAAAAAAGAUAAAUGAACUCGAACAUAGACAAGCAAUGUUGGUCAACAAUAUCAAUUGUGUUUAUGCUAAAGAAACUAAUGUACCCAAGGUAGUCGUCAAUGUAUUAGGUUCUCGAGAUCCAAACAUCAUUCCUCAUAAAGAACCACAACUUAGAAUUAAAAAUCAUUAUGGAGUCCGGCUUAUUGGUGAUAAUAUUGCUGUCAAGCAAAAAAAAAAAAAUGAAGCAGUUUUUAAAAAGUGAUAUCAUAUUAUGAAAAUACUGUGUAUAUUUGAAACUAAUUAUAAUGUUAUUUUCGACACUCAUUUUAAUACUUCUUGAACUUUUAAAUAUUAAGUACAAUUUUUAUUCUUCUUUAAUUUAAUUAAUAUCUUGUUAAAUUUUUUAUUUAAUUAACUUAAUCAAUUAUUUUCAUGUGGAUUUUUUCCUAUUUGUCUUAUUUUGUUUUGUAACUAUUGCUAUUACUUUAACUAAUUUCAAAUUAAUUUAGAAGGAAUUUUAUGAUAUAUUUAAUCAGUAUUAGAUAUUUUAUAUUUUAUAUUUAUUAUUUAUACAUAUAUUUUUUAUUUAAUGUCUUAUACCAGAGAUAUAUUUUGAUAUUUUAAUUUAAGACCUAUAAUACAAAAAAUUAAAAAAAAACACAGCACAUUGGGUCGUGGUGUAGUUUGGUUCAGUAUAAAUGA